AUGCUGAUAUUGCAGCUGUUACCCAUUCGCGACAACAACACAACGUUGUGUACGAUUAACCAUCAAGCUACUGUAACGUUCACGCAUCGUAACGGCUCUAUUAAUGGUGCUUAUAUCAGCUACGUCAAUCGUACCGUUUCCAACGAUGAAAGACAGAUCCUGCUGACCGUACGCACUCGAUUCCUUGAAUAUCGAGGUCCAAGUCAGAAAUCCAGAUUCGAGCUGCAACGUGGUCGUUUCCACUGUCCAUCGGAUGUGACCUGUUGGCGGGAGCUGUGGCUGCCGCUGACCGACGACGUCUCGCCGUCAACCGUACCUCUUUUGGUGUGUGCAGUCAUUGUAGUGCUAUGUUUUAUUUUGGCUCUUGUAAAACGACGUCGAAAAUUGUGCGAUUCAAUUUGUGACUGCCAGUUUGCCAUGUUGAACCUAUCAAGCCCUUUGAAUGUGUCAAAGAAAACCCAAUAA